GUAGCAGUAGGUGGGCGAGACGGAGAGACGAAGCCGUAGGCUGCAGCAUAGGCACACAGACUGAAUUUCACGUUAUAAUCCUUUUUUCAGUCAAAAUGGAAUGGAAGUUAGAGAGAUAUUCCCGUUUUAGGGUAAAACCACAGGAAGUUACGCUGUGGGAGAACAUAAUGAACAGGCUUUCUAAAGACUUCGUAAGGACCAAGCGGCACUAUCCACUCAAGACCCUAAGUAUAAAGGCGAACAAAGAACGUCGAACUCCAACCUUCUCAUACCGCAGAUUUAAGAGUCGAAUCGUGCGACGACUGAACAGUGAUGGGAUGCCCGUAGCUAGUAGCCCGGUGACCACUGGAUGGCAGUGUUCGUUCACCUCGGAAUAUGACACCGUCUGCCAGAGACUGCCGCUGGACUCCCCACCACAUGCCGGCUCCCACUCUCCCUCACAUCCUGGUAACCCGGCAACGCCGUCAAAUCACGACAGAGUGGGUCCAGCAGAAGGGGACGGCUGUGACCUCUCACCUGGCCGAGCGCAGCAGGAAGCUCCGCCCCCCGACAGAAAGAAUGCCACAGGCCAGGUGAAUGGCACAGGCCAGGUGAACGGCACAGGCCAGGACUGCUAUUGGAAAGACCCUGGAGCUGCUGAAACAGCCUCCUGCUCCAGGCUGCAGCCCUUCACUGUCCUGGACAGAGCUCCCAGCAUGCACUGCAGCCAACCAGAGCCACAGUUGAGGAUGAUUAUCCCUGGACUGCAGGAUAAUUACUACCUGAGCCAGAUGGACAGGUGUGGGCAGGGCCUGGUGGCACUGGCGUUGGGCUCCUCCGUGGCGCUGUGGAGUGGAGAAACCCGCAGGCUGCAGGGCAGCAUCCACCUCUGCCCGCACACCUCCACCUGCCCCAUCACCUCCACCUGCUCCAUCACCUCCGUCUCCUGGAGCAGAGAUGGCUCCACCCUGGCCAUCGGGACAGGUGAUGGAGAGAUUCAGCUCUGGGACGUGGAAAGCAGGAGUAAAUUGAGAAGUGUACAUGGACACCAGUCACAGGUGGGAGUGCUUACCUGGAACCAACACCUGAUCAGCAGCGGCUCUCUCCUGGGUUCCAUCCGCCACCACGACGCGCGGGCGGGGCCGCCGGUGGGCGGGGCCCGGCUGCAGGGGGGCGUGUGCGGUCUGGAGUGGUCGCCGAGCGGCCGCCGCCUGGCCAGCGGGAGCACAGACGGACUCCUCUGCGUCUGGCCCAGUGACCCCGGGGCGACCGGCAGAGCCGCGCCCACAUCCAGCGUACCCCACCCAACAGCCGUCAAGGCUCUAGGAUGGUGUCCCUGGCAGUCUGAGGUCGUGGCUGUAGGAGGUGGCAGGGCAGAUGGAAUCCUGAGGAUCUGGGACACAAACACAGACACCUGUCUGCACUCUGUCCCCACAAACUCACAGAUCUGUUCUCUGCACUGGAGCCACAGGAGGAAGGAGCUCUUCACAACCCAUGGUCUUCCUCACAAUCACAUCACAUGCUGGACCUUCCCCUCCCUCACACAACAGGCCCAAUUCCAGGGGCACGCGGGCCGGGUAUUGGACAUGGCGCUGAGCUCCUGUGAAAAAUGGAUCCUGUCUUGCGGCUCAGACCAGCAGGCGUGCCUCUGGGACAACCAGCUUCAGCACGCCCCACUCCUCCCCAAUCGCCCUAACUUCCCUCCCUAAUACCCCGCUGCCCCUCCCCAACACCCAAUGCCUCACCCCAACACCCUAACACCCCACUCCCUUACCAUAACUCCCCACCCCAACCCUAACUCCCCCUUGCCCCACCCUACCACCCUGCUCCCCCACCCUAACACCCCACUGCCCCACCCUAACUCCCCACUGCUCCUAACACCCCAUUCGCCCACCAUAACAUCCCAGUCCCCCACCCCAACACCCAACGCCCCACUCCCCCGCCCUGUCACCUUACUCCACACUGGUGCCAAACCUGUGGAUGGGGACACUGGAGCGCUGCGGUGUGUCUGUUCCCCAGCUCACCUGGACAGGACCAUCCCACAACCCCCUGUUUCUGCCCUAUUCCCCCUCUACAAUAAACUGUGAACUUCAUCCAUGCGUUGCUUCUUAUGCUGUGGACUACAGCCGUGGCUCUUUUCAACGCUGCUCUGCACCCAUUCCUGUCUCUCAUCUCUGUACUUUAGAGUUUCUGUGUGUUGUCAUACGGUGAUGACCAAGUGGAACAUUGUGGUCUUCGCGUGGUCUACCUGACCUUUCGUAAGGACAGAGCUUGCUUACAGCUUCCUGACAGAUCUAGAUCAGUGUCAAAUGUCCAAGCAGAAGAAAUGUAAAAACUUAGAUAGCUGAAAAUAGAUUAGAAAAGCAGUAAUUUCAAAAUGUAUACAUACUUUCCCCCCUUUUCAUUAACUUUCCCUUUUAGUCAACAAGGUUUACGUAUGUGCGAGUGAAGUGUUGAACUGAUAUGGUUAGUUUUUCUGCAUCAGACAAGCCCUGCUCUCUGCGGCCUGGUUUUGCUUCUCUCUGUUUGAUCAGCAUCCGGCUGCUUUAUGCUGUGACCGCUGCUGUCAGGCUGGCCUCCACAUCACAUCCCCGAGCGGCUCUCUGACUCACCACUUCACAAGAAACUGUGGCUUACACACACACACACGCACACACACACACACACACACACACAACACAAACGCGUGCGAGCACACACACACACAAUUCUACACAUACUAAAUUGUGUGCACUGAGUCUGUGGUCUGUUUGUUAAUAAUGUGUUUUUUUUUUUCUCAUGAAGAUCUGUUGAGUGAUAUUGGAACGUUCUCAGAAAGGAAGUGCUGCAACUGCCCAGCUGCUGACUCAGCAGCC